UCUGAUGUGACUUUGCAGCGCUUGUGUAAUCUGCGAGUGGGCGAGCGGGAAUUGUCGUGAACGGUGUGCUCGUCCAUUUCUGCUGUCCUGGCCGUCCCCCCUUUCCGAGUCCCUGCAUCCCAAUGCCGGCCGCCUCGAGUAAGAGUGGGCCCCAGCAGCAGCAGCAGCAGCGAGCGGGCCGUUCAGCCAUGGCAGCCGGCGACUAUUCCAUCAACUUGACAGUGCAGCAAGUGCUGAGCCUGUGGGCGCAUGGUACCCUGCGGCAUUUCACAGAGAUGUGGUACUGGGUUUUCCUCUGGGCCCUCUUCUCCUCCCUCUUCGUUCAUGGUGCCGUUGGUCUCCUGAUGUUUGUAAUGCUUCAAAGACACAAGCAGGGCAGAUUAAUAUCUGUGAUAGCCAUAGUUGUGGGCUUCCUGGCAUCCAUAACAGGAGGAAUGAUCACAAGUGCAGCAGUUGCCGGUGUGUACCGGGUAGCAGGGAAGACGAUGGCUCCACUUGAGGCAUUGGUAUUUGGUGCUGGACAAACAGUGCUCACAGUUGUCAUCUCAUUCUCGAGGAUUCUAGCCACCCUAUGAGGGCAGAAUUCUGAGGAGUAAGCAAGUAUCGUUGGAGCUCUUUAAACAUGAGGAGACAAGAGUUUGAGAGACAGAAGAGUUUGAGAGACAGAUUUGAAUGCCAAGAUGUGCAACCAAGAGAUGGUAUGAAAGAAGCAAGCUUAUGUGACCGUCAGGCGAGCAGAACCAAGCCAUCUGCUGUUUAAGUGUCUGCACUACAGCACCAUAUGUGCUUCCUUCGUAAAGGAGAGCGUGAAGAUUACUAAUGAGCCUAUGAAGCCUCACGAGCAAAUCAUCCUGUACAGUUAUCAAUCCCCAAUGAACAUUAGUGGUGACUGAUGCACACAGCUGUGACUGCACGCUAAUGGAAACUGCAGGGAUAGCAGUAGUAUUACUUGUGCCAAACUUGGAAAUUUUUAAAACAUUAUUUUGGAACUGUGAACUGCGGCCAUGGUAUCCAGGCAAAACUUAGACUUUGGGAAGGGGGCUGGUGUACACUACUGUAUAUUCAUAAGAUUUCAAGUAUGAGAUCCAUUUUCUUUUCUGCCUUUCCUGACGCUUGAAAAUAUUUCUGAUGGUAUUUGUGUUGAUGGAAAAUCCCAGCCCCUGUAAUCAUGUUUAAACACUGCUGAUUUUACAUUCUAAUGACCAACCUACCUUUCUGUUCAUUAAUUCUGCUUCCAGCUGCACCCAGGGCAUCUACUACUCAACAGCACUUUAUAGAUGUUUUUGGGACGGAGCCACUAUAUUCUGUAUGUGAGCAGAGAAUGCAACCAAGGUUCUCAUUAUAGUUUAUUGAGUGUGUCACAUUAAUCAGAAGAAUGGAUCCAGCUUUGAGAGUGGUAUGUCGGCAGCAAUGCAAAUGGACAUCAUUAUUUAAAAACAGAAAAUCCUAAAAGUUACUCAGCAGGUUUAGGUUGCAUGUGUGAAAUGGAACAAAGUUAGUAGUUUUGGGUUCCUUCAUUUUACAGUUCAUAAUGCAACAUCAUUGGACAUUUGCUAUAGAGAUUGAGGAAGGAAUCUGUUGUUCCCAGCACCAUAUUAUGAGUGGAGUUUCAAUCUUCUGUCGAUGAUUACAAUGAUUUGAGGGUUGUUUUCCAAGGGAUAUCUAAGUGACCAUGUCAGGUCAGUAGAUAUUGAGCCUGGAUACAAUUCAAAUGAAUUCUCCUUGGUGGAAUAUUCUCCUUUUGUCUAGAGUAUCAGGUGCAUGUGAGCAAAAUACAUCUUGAAGCACUGAAACAUGCCUAUCAUGCACUAACCUUGAGUUUUAUCAGGGAGAUAAUAAUUAUAAUUCCUUUUUGUUCAGUGCGAGGUAAACCCCUGCUUUGCAAAUUCCUUGAGCUCAAAUUCUGAGCUGUUGGAGGUUGAGCCUUUCACAGCAUUUGGAUUACUUGCAGAUAUACGUUAAAACUUUAACACCUUACUGACAUGACUUCAGGCUUCACUUUAGUAUUAAAAGUCAUUUUGAAAGAGCAUGUUCCAGAAAUUAACUUUAUAUAAAAAAUAUUGAAACCUCUUUCAGAAAUGCAAUGUGAAGAGACAUGCUUGCUGGAAGCUUUUAGUUUUUGGUGACUUCAAGAACCUCUUUUUUUCCUAGAGUUGAAUGUAGGAUUAACAAGCUUCUUGUUUUUUUUAAAGUAAUUGUAGACUUAGUGGCAAAGAAUAUUGAAGCUGUUGAAAUUACUUCUUCAGGCACUUAAAAUUUCAAAACAAAACUAGUUACUUUCUGUUUGAAACAUUCUUUGGAGAGGGAAAUGGACUAAAAGCUUUUAUUGAGCCAGAAUAUUUAAGUUCAUCCAUUCCGGGUUGCAUUAAUGAUGUUUUCUGGCUGUUGGGGUUUAGCCUGUUUUCCCCUCUUGGUAUGUGCUCUGUUCCUGUUUUUCUAUGAGAGGAGAAUAUCCAAUCAAACAUGAGGACCACCUUUGCGUUCUAGACCCAGUCUUCAGCCAUCAUUGCAAGCUCAAAUUGGUUUUGAUUGGUCCUCUCUGAAAUUUGUAAGUGACUUGAAAUGGUGAAGUCUGGACCAACACAAAAAGCUGGAGGAACACUGCAGAUCAGGCAUCUGUGGAGGGAAAUGAUUAGGGAACAUUUUUUUAGGUGAAGACCCAUCUAAAUGAAGUUCUUGACCUGAAAUGUUGACUUUCCAUUUCCCUCCAUGGAUGCUUCCUGAGCUACUGAGAUUUUUUGUUGUGGUUGCUGUGUGGUUCUUCCUGGUUGGAACGUCUAAACUCUUAUAGCCAAGUGACUGAAAGUAUUGGUGCUGCAAGCAUGAACUAGAGCAAUGUGCUGAUAAUCUCCUGUUUACUCAUUUGUUUAGGAAAGUAUGGGGUGAAGAGUAAAGUACAUAUCCACAAGACCAGGGGCCCUUUAGUUAAUGGUAAGGGUCAGUGGUAUUUUUUUUAAAAGAAGAUUGUAAACCCAAAAAUGCUUGUCACUCCUAAAUUGUAAUUGCAUUUGUGAAUAUUUUGGUUAAUUAGUUGGCUCACUGAUGCUGACCAAGACUCCAAAGCUUUAAUUUCCUCAAAUGUCACUAAAAUGUCAGUGGGAGGACCACCUUAUUGGUUUUACAAAAACAGCAGUAUGACUUUGAACCAGAGGAUCUGGAAGGCUCUGGAGAGAAAAACAGUGGCAGAACUGCCAAUAAUGAAAUGUUCUGCAAAGUUGGUGCUUGGUGAAAGAUGUGUUUGUUUCUUACAGUUUACAGAUGGUAGGCGGGGGGGAUGGUGGGCUGCACAGUUAGGUGGAAGUCAAAUUGUCCACAUGUGUUGAAUCCUAAUGGCACAAAACUCUAUUUUUAAACUAAUGGCCCGAAAAGUCUUUGGUUUCAGCUGGUCCAAAAAUUUAGAUUUUAAUCAACAUAGAUCUUCCUAUAUUUGAGCCACUGGGGCUGAUCUUUGAUUGCCUUGGUAUCACUGGCUGCUUGCCUUGAGUUAGGCUGUUGGUUUCAGCAUGUCCCCAGUGCAAUCUGCUACUGCAAGGCCAGCACUUGCCCUGGUUCGUGGUAGCAGAUAGGUUAUCUCUGAGUGGGCAGCAGGUGACUCUCAGCUUUGGCAACUGGUGAAAUACCCACUUUUCCAUAGGUCACAAAACUGUUAGUGCGAAUGUGUUUGAUGCUCAUGAAGAUUUCGGUAACACUUGGAACAUUUGGGGGGUGGAAGUAAAAUAAAACUUAAACAUUUUAAAUCUAAAGACAGGCUCGUACACCAAAUCAAUCAAGUUUAUUAAAAUUGAAACAAUUAAAAAUAUGCCUGCUUGCUGUUCUCUUGUUAAACAACUGUCAAUGUCAAAUGGGCACUAUCUUGUGAUGCCAAGAAUACAUAGUGCGGCCAAAAAGUUGAGCCUGAGCAGAGUCGGAAACACAGAACUGCCCAGAUCCAGAUGCACUGGGUCUUUAAUUAGGGCAGAAUAUCUGCCAUGGUACAAUUAGGGAUGGUUGCCUAUUGCUAACUCUUGCUGUCUUGCUGUUUCCAAACACUAAGCUUCUAAUGUGGAUGUAAGUCCAUAAAACAUGGGAGCAGAAUUAAGCCAUUCAACCCAUUGAGUCUGCUCUGCCAUCCCAUCAUGGCUGAUCCCGGAUCCUGCUCAACCCCAUACACCUGCCUCUUGCCAGUCAUAGGAACAUAGAAAUGGAAGGAGUAGUAGCCCCUUGUAUCUGCUUCCUAUUCAAGAUGGGAUUGUUAGCACUACUCUCUUAUAUUUGCCUCCAUUUCUCUUAAAUCAAUAGUUUUCUUGAACCUCCACAGCUUUCCAGGGUACGGAAUACCAAAUAUUCACUCCUGAGUGCAGAAACCCAUCUUGACCUGCAAUGGCUAACCUUAAAUUCUAGCCCCUAUGGCAAGAGACCUACAUCUACCUAUCAGACUUCAUAAAAUUUGCUGGUCACAAUACAAUUAAUUCUCAUCUGUCUAAGCUUGUGUAGACCUGUUUAACCUCACAGUAGCACUGUGCUCCCAGUAAUCAUGGUGAAUUGUCAUUGCACUCCCUCUAUCCUAAACACCCCUGUUAAAUGUAGUUUUAAAAGGACUGCAUUUUAUGCUCAAGCUGGUAGUAAAAAAUUUUAAAAAGGCUUGAAGUCCGGCAAGGCAGAUUUUCAAUGUAUGGAGAUGUUCAUUUUUGGAUUUCAUGCAAUUCCAUAAUUUCUUAUGGCAAGUUUUUUUUAAAAUUACAAAUCCUUAAAAAUUCAAUUCUGGAAAACAUUCUCCUAUCAAGAAACAAAUAAGGAUCCAGUGAUGGCUUAAAUUGGACAGAUUAAAAUGCAUUUAUCACUCUUGUAAAACGGGUUGUAUUCUGCAGUAUUAGCUCAUAAAACUGUAUGGAGAGGAACACACCUGGACACUUAAUUGCAAGCAUUAAUUUGGCAUUAUGGUGCUGGCAGUAAAUGUCAAUCCUUGUGCAGUGUUGAAUUUAAUGCCUGUCUGCCUUUUAUUUACAGAAAUUUGUGGAAAGUCCUCUUAUAUGCAGGCACGUGCUUGGUUGUGGUGAAUGGUUGCUGAGUCAGGAAGGGGAAGGCUUAAAGCUAUUCAAUGGGAACCUGGGGACUUAAGCCAAGGGAUCCCAAAGAGAAGAAAUGACUGACCCAAAGGGCUCAAGUGACAGGAAGGUUCAGGCCUAGCUGUGCUGCAUUAGACCUCUUUUCCUAAGAGGCCACCAUAGAGAUGUACUACAAUGAAUCCUGCAUCUGUUCAGCAGGGCUAAUGCUGCCACAUUGGUGCUACUCAAAUUCAGCACGGCUGUAAUCUUCUGCUUCCUGUCCAAUAAGGCUGACAUUGAAGAUCACAGUUGUAUUUCCUAUUUGCCUAUGUGUGGGGAGUUACGUAGGAGCUCUACACAGCACAAGCCAAACUUACCAUCUUAUUGUGCAAUAGACCAUCUAGUAUAGGGGAAUCUAAGGAGUAAAAAGUCAUUGAUUGUGUACAAGCUGCACUGUAAAUUCCACACUAGAACUUGGUUCUAAGCAAAGGCAUUAAUCCUUUCACAUUCAGCCUGAAUGUGACUACAGCCAGGAGAUUUUGAUGACUAACUUUCAGUACAAUUUUUUUAAUGUUGCCAUGUACUAGCCUGCUGUGCCUGACCUUUUACAAGCACCUUGUCAUACCAAAAGACGUUUACAAUGAGGCCCUGUAACUCUAGGUUUGGCUUCCUGUUAUUGAUCAUGAGAAAUGUGUAGGAAAAGCUGUUGGGAAGAUAGACAAGGCUAGUAAUGCUGCUUCAAUUUUUCUGGAGCAUCAGGUCCGCUGUCUGGAUCAGUCAGUAAGUGCACAGUGCAACUUAUAGGCUUUAUCUUGAGUCAGUUUGCAUUCUUUAGACUGGUUUCCUAUUUGUCCUGGAUCAUGUAGAUCACUGGCACUAGCUGCCUCCACAGUGAGGGAGAUAAGACUCUAUGCUUAGAGGGUCUAGAGUUGUGAACUAGGUAAGUUUUAAUGAAAGCCCAGUGAUGGCAUACUUACUGAUUCUAGUUCCCAUCAAUACUUUGAGAACUUGAGUUCCAGGUGGGAUUCAAACUUGUGUUGCUGGGCCAGUACUCCAAAACUCUAGUUUCUGCUCUAGUAAUCCACCCUUUACAUCAUCAUUCAUGUGAUCUGUUGUCAGCACUUUACUAGGAAAGUAAGAGAUAACAUUAGGAGCCCCUUUUCUACCUUGACUGUGGGAACAGACUACUUACUGUGGCAUUUUCAAAAGUUCGUUUAUUAUCAAAGUAUGUAUCCAUAUACAACUCCGAAGUUCUUCUUUGAGUUGUUUAUGGAUACUAUGGGAACAGAUCUCUUGCUGUCACGUCUUCAAUGAAGGUGUUAAUGCAACUAUUCUCCCUUCUUGAUUUGGCAAGCAGCAACUCCAAGAGAAUGCGUGUGGUUAGGCUGAGAAUCACUAUACACCUUGCCAGGCAUUGACUCUGAAUAAUUGCACAUUCCCCACUAACAUCUAAGGUAUUGCUGUUAAGAGUUAACAGUAAUUAGUGAUUUGAAACUGGAUAUUUAGCAGUGGAAAAUGCAAUCCCAUCUCCAUAUUUUUUUUUUGUCUAUGAGCCAAAAGCUAACAAUAAUGGAAUGCAGUUCAUUUGAAGCUUCUACUACACAGGAAGUUUGGCAUCUAAAUCAAACCAGCCUGCUGAACAGGACUUGGCCCCCUACCUAAUAAGGUAGGUUAAGAUGUUGGCAAAAGAAAGACAGAAAGUAAUAGAUCUAAAUUCUUUCUGCAGAUUCUGAUACUGAAGAGGUUACAAAGGACAUUCUGUGUAAAGGUUAGAUUGAGUAAUUAGUAUUCAGUGACCUCUGGCUUGCUAUGGUGACCAGUGAACCUGAUCUUGUCUGCUAAUAUGAUAUCAGGAGAAACCAUAGAGAGGAAAGUGCAAAGCGUGCAUUAGUACAAUAUGUCCUCCCUGGUUGAGUAGCUAGCAGUACAUGUACAGUGAGGGGGAAUAGUGGUAAUUAUGGAUGGUGUAUUGAGAUGUCAAAUGCAAGAGUUGGUGGGUGAAAGGAGGGAAUGGUAUGAAGAAGGCCAUAAGACCUUGGCAGGCAGGAGAGCUGGGACUUGUGCUUGUUAACCAUGUGAGAAGAAUGAGUUUUUCAAUGUAUCCAGUUCAGUAUGUUUUUUCUCCCAGUAAUGACCUCCCACUGGGCUUCCAAGGUGGAAUUGGAUGACUUCACUUUCUGUAAACCUAUCAGAAGAGGAUCUCCCUCUUCUAUUCCAGCUAUGAAACUCACUCUUCAUCCUGUUCUCCCAAACCUUUGAACCCAAAAGCAUUUCCUCUCCAACUAACUAGCUGAAACUGGCCCUAGUGACUCUCACCCUGUGGAGAUGUGCUAUAAUGAAGUGUGUCCCACCAAGCAGUACAGGAUAGGCCUUUCUAACUAUUCUAACAUUCCAACUAUUAUUUCUGUCUCAGUUUACCAAAUCUCCCUGCAUCUCAUUUGUGUGCAUCAACCAAGCAGAACAGAUAGGUGGUGGUGGAGCAGAGGUGGUGAGGAAAGCUGCCAGUAGAAAUCCUGUCACUAAGAGGAAUUCUGCAGAUGCUGGAAAUUCAAGCAACACAUAUCAAAGUUGCUGGUGAACGCAGCAAUCCAGGCAGCAUUUCUAGGAAGAGGUACAGUCGACGUUUCAGGCCAAGAUCCUUCGUCAGGACUAAUUGAAGAAAGAGCUAG